AUGGUUCGUUUUGUGACUCCCUUGGUCCUGGCCUCGCUGUCAGUGACCGCGCUCGCCGCCCAGUCCUGCAGCAGCAGCAGCCAGUGCAAGGAUGAGACCUACCCUUGUUGCUCCCAAUACGGAGAGUGUGGUACCGGUGCUUACUGCCUCGGUGGUUGCGACCCUCUCGCCUCCUUCUCCCUCGACUCUUGCGCCCCCAUGCCCGUUUGUGAGAGCAAGACCUACACCUGGGAUAACCUCGACAAUGCCGUCACCCAGGACAAGUACCUCGGUAACGCCACCGAAUAUGACUGGACCUACUCCGGCAAGCCCAAGACCGAAGAUGGUAACCUGAUCAUGACUAUGCCCGCUAAGAGCGUUGGUACCCUCUUCGCCAACAACCACUACAUCUGGUACGGAAAGGUCUCUGGAAAGAUUAAGAGCUCCCGCGGCAAGGGUGUCGUGACUGCUUUCAUCCUGCUCUCCGACGUCAAGGACGAGAUCGACUACGAGUGGGUCGGCGCCGACCUGUCUCUUGUGCAGACCAACUACUACUGGCAGGGUGUUCUUGACUGGCACAACAGCGGUAACAUCUCCGUGGAGGGCGAGGAUACUUACAACGACUGGCACACUUACGAAAUCGACUGGACCCCCGAGAAGGUGGACUGGAUCGUCGACGGUUCCGUCCAGCGCACCCUGAAGAAGGCCGACACCUACAACGAGACCUCCAAGCAGUACCAAUUCCCCCAGACCCCCUCCCGCCUGCAGAUGUCCCUCUGGCCCGCCGGCCAGCCCUCCAACGCCCAGGGUACCAUCGACUGGGCCGGUGGUGAGAUCGACUGGAACAGCGAGGACAUCCAGAAGGUCGGCUACGACUUUGCCACCGUCGGCGAGGUCAGCGUCAAGUGCUACGACGCUCCUUCCGAUGCUAAGAACCACGGCGACAAGUCCUACCUUUACGCCAACAAGGCUGCUAUGGAAUCCGACAUUGAGACCACCAACAACUCCACCGUUCUCGGCUCCCUGGGUGCCACUGGUCUUGACAUGGACCUUGGCGCUAGCUCCAGCUCUUCCAACACCACCUCCGCCUCCAACAGCAUCCCCACCGGAAAGGGUGGAUCUGGUGGCAUGGCCGCCAAUGGUACCUCCGAGACCACUGGUACCUCCACCAGCGAUGACGCUGCCUCUACCACCUCAUCAGGAUUCUCCCAGGGCACGACCACCAAGGACAGCGGUGCCGCUGGCCAGAACGAGCGCGUUCUCCGUGGCUCGCUCUUCGGUGUCCUCGUGGCUCUCGUUGUCCUCGUGACGCUGUAA